CACUUGGGUGGAUAGGACCGAAAUCAGGACAGAAGUUGAGAAUUUCGAAAAAUAUUGUGACCAGCUUGGCCGACGGGGGAUAAGGUGACGUCGUUAGAAUCAUCAACAUGUCAACGCCAGAAACAAAUGGAGGGCGACCGUUCGACCCACUUCAUCGUCCAAGGAAUUGUAAAGAACUCCUCAAAAAGUUCUGUAUGCUCAGUUCAGUUCGUGGCGUCCCACGGAUAAUUAAAGCAAGGAAUAGACUGCUGAGGGUCCUUUGGAUUGGCACUGUGGUAAUAUUUCUAUCCGGGACGCUUCUGCAAUUAACUGAUAUCAUUUUCAACUACCUCCAAUUCGAAAAAACUCAGGAGCAGAGAGUAAGUUUACGGACGAGUUCGCGAUUUCCGGAUGUGACAUUGUGUAGUUUGCAACCUUUCCCAGCGGAUCGGUCAGACCAUGGGAAGUUGUAUGGUAAAGUUGAAAGAAUGGUGAGUGAUUAUUUCUUCAAUGUUCGGGAUAAGUUGAACGAAAAAGGCUCUUACCAUGCGAAAUAUGAGGAUAUCGAUCGCGACGAUUUGGACGUGCAUGAAGAUUAUGAAUACAACAAGGAUUUUUACGGGGAUGAGGACGACCCACAUUUCAAGGAAAUGAAGGACCCGGUUUACAAACGACGCAAGCGCGCCGGAAAUAAAAGUAAGAAAUUUUUUAAGAUGAACGAAGACAAUGAUCCGAUUGUUGAUGAAGAGACUUUGGAAGAGAUUAUGAUGACCACGGCAGGUUUUUAUCAGAAUCUGAAUGAUUCGGUCCGUGAUAGUAUAGGAUUGCAUGGACCUGGGUACUUUAUUCAAAGUUGUUCGUACACGCUAAAGGAUGAUGACAAUUUGCGCACGGAGAAUUGUAAGAUAGGUUUACACAGACAUCCGCAGUAUUUCAAUUGUUACACCGCUAAGCUUGCUAGCCGGUCUGGUAUUGUUAUGAAAAUGUCUCUGAGGCUAUUUCUUAAUGACAGUAUCCAGCUGUUUUACCCGGAUAAUUAUAUAACAGACGUCGACUCGCAGUUGCACGGUGUCAAGAUUCUCAUCCACGAGCCAGGUUCGUACCCAGACCUCACCCAGAAAGGGUAUGAUAUUCCGCCGGGAAUGGCCGCAAAAUUCUACUUGUCCACCACGAUCAAGCAGCUGCUCCCCACGCCUUAUGGUGAAUGUUUCGAAGGUACAGCCACCACAAUCGGCGACAACGGUAGGAAGUAUAAAUAUGAACAGCAAACGUGCCUAGAUCAGUGCAUUCAGACUUGGAUUAAUAAGAAGUGUGGAUGUUUUGACCCUUGGUUGAUUGGAAGCAACAAGCCUGAAUACCAGAAUCUACCAUUCUGCGCCAAUCUUAAAGCGAGCCUGGACGUCCUGCGAUGGCGACUUGCCUGGACAAAAUCAAAAUUUCGAGAGAUCACCACCAAGGUAAUUUUAUCAGUGGAGUCGACUUGGAACUAGCCAAAGAAGAUGCUAAGAAGGUUCUCAUGGACACCGAUACAUUUCAGAGGAACUUCGUUUCUGUGAAUGUGGUGAGAAAUU